GCGGGUGGCCGGGCAGCCCGCCUCGCUGUCCGCUUUGCGCCGCCGGCCCACGCCGCAGUGUGUUUUGUGGACGGCGCCUUCCCGGACAGCCCGCUAGAGCCCAGCUCGGCGCCCGGCAGCCUUCGACGCGAUGUUCCGCCGGAGCUUUAAUCGUUUUUGUGCUGGAGAAGAGAAACGAGUUGGUACACGUACAGUGUUUGUUGGCAGUCAUCCAGUUUUGGAAACAGACGCUUACAUUGCACAAAGAUUUUGUGAUAAUAGAAUAGUCUCAUCUAAGUAUACACUUUGGAAUUUCCUCCCAAAGAAUCUAUUUGAACAGUUUAGAAGAAUUGCAAAUUUUUAUUUUCUCAUCAUUUUCCUUGUACAGGUCAUAGUAGACACACCAACUAGCCCAGUUACCAGUGGACUUCCACUUUUCUUUGUUAUAACUGUUACAGCCAUCAAGCAGGGAUAUGAGGAUUGGCUGAGACACAGAGCUGACAAUGAAGUCAACAAGAGCACGGUUUACAUUAUUGAAAAUGCAAAGCGAGUAAGAAAAGAAAGUGAAAAAAUCAAGGUUGGUGAUGUAGUGGAAGUACAGGCUGAUGAAACCUUUCCCUGUGAUCUUAUUCUUCUAUCAUCUUGCACCACUGAUGGAACCUGUUAUGUCACUACAGCCAGUCUUGAUGGGGAAUCCAAUUGCAAGACACAUUAUGCAGUACGUGACACCAUUGCACUGUGUACAGCUGAAUCCAUUGAUACUCUCCGAGCAACAAUUGAAUGUGAACAGCCUCAACCUGACCUCUACAAGUUUGUUGGGCGAAUCAAUAUCUAUAGUGAUAGUCUUGAAGCUGUUGCCAGGUCUUUGGGACCUGAAAAUCUCUUGCUGAAAGGAGCUACACUAAAAAAUACUAAGAAGAUAUAUGGAGUUGCUGUUUACACUGGAAUGGAAACCAAAAUGGCUUUAAACUACCAAGGGAAAUCUCAGAAACGUUCUGCUGUCGAAAAAUCUAUUAAUGCCUUCCUGAUUGUGUAUUUAUUUAUCUUACUGACCAAAGCUGCAGUAUGCACUACUCUAAAGUAUGUUUGGCAAAGUACCCCACAUAAUGAUGAACCUUGGUAUAACCAAAAGACUCAGAAAGAGCGGGAGACUUUGAAGGUUUUGAAAAUGUUCACCGACUUCCUGUCAUUUAUGGUUCUAUUCAACUUUAUCAUUCCUGUCUCCAUGUACGUCACAGUAGAAAUGCAGAAAUUCUUGGGCUCCUUCUUCAUCUCAUGGGAUAAGGACUUUUAUGAUGAAGAAAUUAAUGAAGGAGCCCUGGUGAACACAUCAGACCUUAAUGAAGAACUUGGUCAGGUGGAUUAUAUCUUUACAGACAAGACUGGAACACUCACUGAAAACAGCAUGGAAUUCAUUGAAUGCUGCAUAGAUGGGCACAAAUAUAAAGGUGUAACUCAGGAGGUUGAUGGAUUAUCUCAAACUGAUGGACCUUUAACCUUUUUUGACAAAGCAGAUAAGAAUCGAGAAGAACUCUUUUUGCGUGCCUUGUGUUUAUGUCAUACUGUAGAAAUUAAAAUGAAUGAUGUUGUUGAUGGAGCUGCAGAAUCAGCUGAAUUAACCUAUAUCUCGUCUUCACCAGAUGAAAUAGCUUUGGUGAAAGGAGCUAAAAAGUACGGGUUCACAUUUUUAGGAAAUCGGAAUGGACUUAUGAAAGUAGAGAACCAAAGAAAAGAAAUAGAAGAGUAUGAACUUCUUCACACCUUAAACUUUGAUUCUGUCCGCCGACGUAUGAGUGUAAUUGUGAAGACUCAAGAAGGAGACAUACUUCUCUUUUGUAAAGGAGCAGACUCAGCAGUUUUCCCCAGGGUGCAAAAUCAUGAAAUUGAGUUAACUAAAGUCCAUGUGGAACGUAAUGCUAUGGAUGGGUACCGGACACUCUGUGUAGCCUUCAAAAAAAUUGCUCCAGAUGAUUAUGAAAUAAUUAACAGAGAGCUCAUAGAGGCAAAAAUGGCCUUACAAGACAGAGAAAAAAAAAUGGAAAAGGUUUUUGAUGAUAUUGAGACAAACAUGAAUUUAAUUGGAGCCACUGCAGUGGAAGACAAGCUACAAGAUCAAGCUGCGGAGACCAUUGAAGCUCUACAUGCAGCAGGCCUGAAAGUCUGGGUGCUUACUGGGGACAAGAUGGAGACAGCCAAAUCCACGUGCUAUGCAUGCCGCCUUUUCCAAACCAACACUGAGCUCUUGGAACUAACCACAAAAACUAUUGAAGAAAGUGAAAGGAAAGAAGAUCGAUUACAUGAAUUAUUGAUAGAAUAUCGUAAGAAGUUGCUGCAUGAAUUUCCUAAAAGUACUAGAAGCCUUAAAAAAGCAUGGACAGAACAUCAGGAAUAUGGAUUAAUCAUCGAUGGCUCCACAUUGUCACUCAUACUAAAUUCUAGCCAAGACUCGAGUUCAAACAAUUACAAAAACAUUUUCCUACAAAUUUGUAUGAAGUGUACUGCAGUGCUCUGCUGCCGGAUGGCGCCAUUACAGAAAGCCCAGAUUGUCAGAAUGGUGAAGAAUUUAAAAGGCAACCCAAUAACUCUGUCCAUAGGUGAUGGUGCCAAUGAUGUUAGUAUGAUCUUGGAAUCACAUGUGGGAAUAGGUAUUAAAGGCAAAGAAGGUCGCCAAGCAGCCAGGAAUAGUGAUUAUUCUGUUCCAAAGUUUAAACAUUUAAAGAAACUGCUUUUGGCUCAUGGACAUCUAUAUUAUGUGAGAAUAGCACACCUUGUACAGUAUUUCUUCUAUAAGAACCUUUGUUUCAUUUUGCCACAGUUUUUGUACCAGUUCUUCUGUGGAUUCUCACAACAGCCACUGUAUGAUGCUGCUUACCUUACAAUGUACAAUAUCUGCUUCACAUCCCUGCCCAUCCUGGCCUACAGUCUACUGGAACAGCAUAUCAACAUUGACACUCUGACCUCAGACCCCCGAUUAUAUAUGAAAAUUUCUGGCAAUGCCAUGCUACAGUUGGGACCCUUCUUAUAUUGGACAUUUCUGGCUGCCUUUCAAGGGACAGUGUUCUUCUUUGGGACUUAUUUUCUUUUUCAGACGGCAUCUCUAGAAGAAAAUGGAAAGGUAUAUGGAAACUGGACAUUUGGAACCAUUGUUUUUACAGUCUUAGUAUUCACUGUAACUCUGAAGCUCGCCUUGGAUACUCGUUUCUGGACAUGGAUAAAUCACUUUGUGAUUUGGGGUUCUUUAGCCUUUUAUGUAUUUUUCUCAUUCUUCUGGGGAGGAAUUAUUUGGCCUUUUCUCAAGCAACAGAGAAUGUAUUUCGUAUUUGCUCAAAUGCUAUCUUCUGUAUCAACGUGGUUGGCCAUAAUUCUUCUAAUAUUUAUCAGCCUUUUCCCUGAGAUUCUCCUGAUAGUAUUAAAGAAUGUAAGAAAAAGUGCCAGGGUUCAUCACUUAAUUUCCUCUUCUGCAUAAAAAAUAUAGUAAAAACUUCGUUAUCCAAUGCAGGUGGUAAGUAGAUUCCUUAAUAGUGUUCUAUGUGACCUUUAGCAAUCCAUAUGGAGUAUCUCAUAUGCUCCAUAUGGAAUUUUAAAAGGAAAAAAUGAUUUUAUUUUGUAUUUAGCCUAGAAUUUUCACACCAGGAAUUUCCACACCAACAUUUCAGCUUUAACCUUAGAAAUUUCCCUGUAGGCUGUUUGCAGAUUUUUUUUCAGUUGAUAAUCCCGAUUUGCCUCUUUCAAACCUUUCCCCUUCCUUCAAUUAUAGUGCUGCUUAAUCUCUGUGUUGCUUCUAGCCCUAUCUGUCCAGCAGUAUAUUUGAUCCAAAGGGAAUCCUCUGGAUGUGGUUUCUACAUCCUUACCCUCUUGAACACACUUGUAAAAAUUCAGGAUUGUUUUAUGAGUGUGUUUUCAUUUUUGCCUAUUAAGUUGUAAAUUUACUAUGAGAAAGAAAAGAUAUUUUCCUCUGUCACCUUAUCAUGAUAUCUUUUCAACAUUUUUUUAAAAAGCCUUUAAAGUGAAAGAGGGAGAUAAGCAUGGAAAAUAAAACUUUUUGAUCAACA